CUCUCUUAAGGACGGAGCAGCUGGCCCACACAUCCUCCCCCCUCGUAACUCAUUGCCCACACACAGACAGCACCCACCCACCAUGUCUGCUGUCGAGUAUGAGGCGGACGCCUUGGCGGUACGCGAAGAGAACGUGCAAGAGGCCGACGAGACCGGAUCGAUCCACUCGGUAGACACCGAGACAGCCGAGGACGAAUUCAACCUAGAGCAGGUUAUCCUGGACGGAGUGAAAGGACAGCAGGAGCGUGGCCUCCCAGCCGGCAAGGGAGUCUCACUGUCAUGGAAGAACCUCUCCGUCAGAGGCGCGGGCGGACCUGGCGACAUCCACUUCAAGGUCGACUGUGGCACGCUCCUCUUCCCAUGGACCUACUUCCUCGCCAAGCGGCGUAUCCACCACAUGGCGCGCGAGCUCAUGUCGCACGAGGACGCUCGCCAGAAGGAGAUGCACUGGAGCCCUGGUGACCCGUCGCCCAAGAUGGGCCAGCCGGGUCUUCGCAAGGGCCAGCGCUACCUCAUCCACGACUUCACCGGCUCGCUCAACCCGGGCGAGAUGAUGCUUGUCGUCGGCCGCCCAGGCUCGGGCUGUACCACCUUCCUCAAGGCCCUCGCUGGCCAGUUUGGCGCCUAUGCCGGCGUCGACGGCGAAGUGUACUACGGCGCCAUGAAGGCUGGCACUAGCCACUUCCGCCCGUACGCCUCGGACGUCAUGUUCAACUCUGAGGAGGACACGCACGACGCCCACCUGUCCGUCGGCCGCACGAUGGACUUUGCCCUCCGCAUGGAAGUCCCUGCCGAGAAGGCCCGCCGCCUCGACCCGGCCACCGGCAAGGCCAUCACCAAGAGCCAGUGGAUUGCCGGCAUGAAGGAGCGUAUCCUCAAGGCCCUCGGCAUCGCCCACACGCACGACACGCGCGUCGGCAACCAGUACGUCCGUGGUGUCUCGGGCGGUGAGCGCAAGCGUGUCUCUAUCGGCGAGGCCAUGGCCACCAACGCCGGCAUCUGCAUGUGGGACAAUGCCACUCGCGGUCUCGACGCCUCGUCGGCGCUCAACUUCAACAAGGUCCUCCGCAAGAUGAGCGACUAUGCCAAGAGGAUCAACAUCCUCACACUGUACCAGGCCGGAAACGGCAUCUACGACCUGUUCGACAAGGUGACCGUCAUUGCCGAGGGCCACGUCAUCUACUAUGGCCCGCGCGCGCUCGCCCGCCCCUACUUUGAGGACAUGGGCUUCGAGUACAUGGAGGGCGCGAACACGGCCGACUACCUCACUGCCGUCACUGCGCUCUCCGAGCGCACAGUCAAGAAGGGGUUCGAGGGCCGCGUGCCCAACGUCGCGUCCGAGUUUGCCAUCCGUUACCGCGAGUCCAAGAUCUACGCCGACAUGGUCGCCGAGGCCGACGCUCACCGCGCCGACACGGCCGCGCGCGAGGCCGAGUCCGAGGCCCAGAAGGAGCUCAUCCACGCCGAAAAGUCGCCUUCCGCCUUCCGCGCCUUCGCGCCCCGCGCCUCCCUCUGGACCCAGCUCUGGGCCCUCAUGAUCAAGGAGGUGCAGGCGCGCUGGGGCGACAAGCCACACCUCAUCGCCCGCCAGGGUACUACCUUUGUCUUUGCCUUUAUCUGCGGCUCCGUCUUCUACAACAUGCCCGACACUACUGAUGGUCUCUUCCUCCGCGGUGGUGCGGUAUUCUUGAUCGUCUUCUUCCCGUCUAUCCUGUCCUUCUCCGAUGUCCAAGGCGCCUUCGUCGGCCGCGGUAUCAUCGCAAAGCAGCAAACGUAUUCAAUGUAUUUCCCCGGCAUGAUCAUCCUCGCGCAAACAAUCGUCGACAUUCCGAUGUACAUCUUCCAGAUUGUCAUCUGGACCAUCGUCAUGUACUUCCUGUCCGAGCGCCACUACUCGGCGACCAACUACUUUGUCCUCUUCCUCUUCUCGUUUGUCGUCACGGCCUGCAACGGUGCCCUCUUCCGCACCAUUGGCUUCUGCUGCAAGAACUACAACGACGCGUCAAAGAUUGCCGGUACCAUUUUCAUGAUCUUCGUCCUCUACUGUGGUUACAUUAUCUACACGCCCGCCAUGAAGCCCUGGUUCGGCUGGACGCGUUUCGUCAACCCCACGUACUAUGGUAUCGAGUCUGCCUGCGCGUACAUGUUCCGCGGCCGCCAGUUCGCCUGUGUCGCUCCCGACCUUGCCCCCUACGGCCCCGGCUACGAGAACGGCCCCAAGGGAUGCUCGGUCACCGGCUCGACCCCCGGCGCCACCUUUGUCCUCGGUGAAAAGUACAUUCGCGAUGCGCUCGGCUUCAAGAUGAGCCACGCGUGGCGCAACUUGGGUAUCAUCAUUGCCUUCUGGAUCCACUCGGCUUGGCUCGGCAUGCUCGCUCUCACCUACCUCACCGGCAACGGCAACAACGCCCAGGUCACCCUCUUCAAGAACGGCGGCGGUGCCCAGUUCAUGCAGCGCCAAAUCGACCAGGCCCGCCCCCGCGACGAGGAGGACGGCGGUAUCGUUACUGAGCAGAUUACGCGCUACCCCACCGGCUCGCCGCAGGGCCAGGGCGAGGGCCUCCGCCGCUGGGGUACCACCCACUCCGAGGUCGCCCCCCGCCAGUGGCCUCCCCUCGAGCGUCUCAGCACCACCCUCUCGGCUCACAGCGGCACGGCUAUCGAGUACCACAACCGUCUUCAGCGCCGCGCGACCGAGCACUCGGAGCUCGAGCGCCAGCGCACCCACCUCGAGAAGAACCCCCGCAUCGACGAGGGCGACGAGCACUCGGCCCACUCUGGCGACGAGACCAUCGCCGACCACAACGGCGAGAAGGGUACCCGCGCCUCCAUGGUCGCCGGGGACAAGAAGGCCCAGCGUGGUUCGUUCAACGAGAAGCAGGCCCGCUCCCCCGGCACUCCUGGCUCCCUCGCCCAGCCCCAGAUCCACGGCACGACUUUCACCUGGGAGGACCUCGACUACACUGUCAAGGAGAACGGCAAGGACAAGCAGCUGCUCCGCAAGGUUUCUGGUUACUGCAAGGCUGGCACUGUUACUGCUCUCAUGGGCUCCUCGGGUGCCGGCAAGACGACGCUCAUGGACGUGCUCGCCGCCCGCAAGGACGAGGGCGAGAUCAAGGGCCACGUUCUCCUCAACGGUCGCAAGCUCCCCCUCUCAUUCCAGCGUACCACCGGCUACUGUGAGCAGGUCGACGUGCACAUGCCCGAGUCGACUGUGCGCGAGGCGCUCGAGUUCUCCGCCCUCCUCCGCCAGCCUCGCCGCUUCUCGCGCGCCGAGAAGCUCGCGUACGUCGACGAGAUCAUCGACCUCCUCGAGCUCAGCGACAUUGAGGACGCGAUCAUCGGUGUUCCCGGCGAGGGUCUCGGCGUCGAGCAGCGCAAGCGUGUCACCAUCGGUGUCGAGCUCGUCUCGCGCCCUACUCUUCUCUUCCUUGACGAGCCCACCUCGGGUCUCGACGGCCAGAGCUCGUACAUGAUUGUCGGAUUCCUCCAGAAGCUCGCCGCCUCGGGCCAGUCGAUCAUGUGCACGAUCCACCAGCCUUCCGCUGCCCUCUUCGCCGGCUUCAACAUGCUCCUUCUCCUCCAGGCUGGCGGCCGCACCGUCUACAUGGGCCCGGUCGAGGACGUCCCCAACUACUUUAUCGACAAGGGCAUCGAGUGGCCCAAGAACUGCAACCCGGCCGAGUACAUGAUCGACAUUGUGUCGGGCGUCGUCAAGACCGACCAGGACUGGCACGAGGUCUGGAACAACUCCGAGGCCCGCCAGGACAUGCUCCGCGAGCUCUCCCUCCUCAAGCCCCACGGCGACGCCCACCAGGCCCCCGACGCCGAGCACGACCCCGAGGACGAGCACGAGUUUGCCGCGACUACCUGGGACCAGAUGUACCUCGUCUACAUGCGCGCCAACGUCCAGCUGUGGCGCAACGUCAUGUACGUCGCCAACAAGCUCAUGCUCCACAUCAUCACGGCUCUCAUCCUCGGCUUCUCGUUCUGGAAGAUUAAGAACUCGCUCGGCGACCUCAAGAACCGUGUCUUCACCCUCUUCCAGUUCGCGUUCGUUGCUCCAUCGGUCAUUGUCCAGACGCAGCCCAAGUUCAUCGCCAACCGCGACAUCUUCGAGGCCCGCGAGAAGAAGGCCAAGUUCUACUCGUGGCAGGUCUUCUGCUUUGGCGAGAUCACCUCCGAGUUCCCCUACCUCGCCAUCUGUGCCGCGCUCUUCUGGUGCUGUUGGUACCCCGCCACGGGCAUGUCGCUCCGCGCCAACAUUGCCGGCCCCGUCUUCCUCUGCAUGGUCUUCUACGAGUUCAUGUAUACGGGUCUCGGCCAGUUCAUUGCCGCCUACGCCCCCAACGCCGUCUUCGCUGCCCUCGUCGUCCCGCUCAUCCUCAUGAUCCUCACCAUCUUCUGUGGUAUCAUCGUGCCCUACUACCAGCUCAACGUCUUCUGGCGCUACUGGAUCUACUGGCUCGACCCCUUCACGUACCUUAUGAAGGGCCUCGUCACGUUCCCCAUCUGGCGUGUCAAGGUCGUGUGCAAGCCCGACGAGCUCGGCUACUUCAACCCCCCCACUGGCCAGACCUGCGGCCAGUACAUGGCCGACUUCCUCAGCCGCGGCCACCCGGGCUACCUCGCCAACCCCAACGCGACCGAGAACUGCGGCUACUGCGCCUACAAGGUCGGCAGCGAGUACCUCUACGGCCUCAACAUCAAGCACCGUGUCGAUGGAUGGGAGGGUGUCUUCCUCACUGCCCUCUUUGCCGUCUCGUCGUACGCUCUCGUCUUCAUCCUCCUCAAGCUCCGCUCCAAGGCCUCGAAGACUGCGUCGUAAACCAUCAACGACGACGACGAGCACCAUACAGCACACACUCAUUUUGCAGCUCUGGCCCCCCCCGCAUCCAGCUGUGAACACUUUAGAUACCAUAAUGUCCCG